AUGACAAAGGCAAUGCAAGAAUUUGUUUCGAUUUUUUUCUUGGUUGACGUCAGCGCCUAUCUUGCCUUGGGCCCUGUCCGGGCUGGACGUCACCGUUGGAGCUGCUUAUGCCUGGGCUGGGCUGUCUGCUGGAACUGCCCUUACGCCUAUCCAUUUAUCACCCAUCCCACCUCUUGGAAUCUAUUAGUCCGAACCCAAUAUCUUCCAAGAGACCAAGAAUCAAACGUGGGCUCAUCAGCUAUAGCACUCGAUUGCUCGUCUGCUAUCGGCGGUCAGGUGCUGUUGUGUAGCAGCGACGUCGUCUAUCAGCUUCUUAAUAUGGACGCGGUCGCUGCAAAAACUGCCCGGGAAUCUCUAGACCUAGCAUUUCAGAUGUCCAACAUUCUUGACACAGGGCUUGAUCGUCACACCCUCUCCAUCCUCAUUGCGCUAUGUGAUUUGGGUCUCAACCCUGAGGCUUUGGCUGCUGUUGUCAAGGAACUCCGAACAGAACUGGUUCCCCUUUCGCCAUCAGAUGCUGCUCAUGCUAUUCCUUAA